AUGAGAGCAAGAACUGACCCCUACAAGGUCGACAAUGCUUCCAACUACACCUUGGGUGACUUGACAACAGAUAUACAGCUCGCCCAACAGGCUCACAUUGAUGCAUUUGCCCUCAAUGUGGCUUAUAGGGAUAACCUGGACUCCAUCCUACCCUUGGCCUUUCAAGCAGCUGCCAACCGGGGCUUCAAGCUCUUCUUCUCCUUCGAUUACGCUGGUCAUGGGGCAUGGCCCAAGGACAGUGUCGGUACAAUGCUCACAAAGUACAGAACACUCCCAGCAUACUUCAUAUAUAAGGGCAAGUACUUUGUCUCCACGUUCGAGAGCCCGGACUCCGCCGACGACUGGAUCGAUCUGAAAUCCCAGUACAAUGUCUUUUUCAUGCCUGACUGGUCUUCACUGGGAGCCAAAGAGGCCUUACUGAGGGGAGGCGGUGUUGCCGAUGGCCUGUUCAAUUGGGCUGCUUGGCCCUGGGGUCCCCAGGACAUGGACACAUAUACCGAUGCCUCAUACCUUCAGUAUUUAAACGGGAAGCCAUACAUGAUGCCUAGAGGAGACAGUCUAUGGUAUGAUCGCUGGGUACAGGCGGCGUUCAACAAGACGACCCCCGGCAUCAUCGAUAGCACAGAAUUCGUCGAGAUAAUCUCUUGGAAUGAUUAUGGCGAGUCACACUACAUCGGUCCCCUUUACGACAAGGCGAUGGAGGCUUUCACCAUUGGCCAAGCUCCUAGCAACUUCGCGAAGGACAUGCCGCAUGACGGGUGGCGAAUGUUCCUGCCUUAUGUUAUUGACCUUUUCAAGACCGGGACUGCCACCAUUACCCAGGAAGGUCUGACGGCUUGGUACCGCUUAUCGCCGGGUGCAGCCUGUGUUUCCACCGGCACCUCGGGCAAUACUGCCAGCCAGCUUCAGAUCGAGUUCUCGCCCGCUGAGAUUGUCCAGGACAGGAUUUUCUUCUCUGCCCUGCUCACCUCCGAAGCCUCGAUCUCGGUCACUGUGGGUGGCGUACCUCAAUCGGGAGGUGGUUGCGUUCCGUUCAGCGGCACUGGCAAUGUCGUUGUCACACUGGUUCGGAAUGGAGCUCAGAUUGCCCAAAUCAAUGGACGGGCAAUCGGGGGCGGAUGCCCUGCCAGUCUCUACAAUGCUUGGGUCGGCUCUGCUCCUGUGGCUGGUAGCGUGUCCAGGAGCCCGACACUCCCCCUCUCACAGCAGACAUGCGUCAGCGGCAUAGGCGUGAAUAACUUUGGUGGGCUCUGCGGUUAUGCCUGUCAGUUUAUGGGCAAACCCAUCACAGCACCCAAGGAAACAGGUAUCCAGGGAUACCCAAUUACUGGAGAGGAUGCAAGUUACUCUGGCCUCUGCUCAUGGGUCUGCAAUCAUGGUUAUUGCCCUUCCUCCGCAUGCGGGACUACCAAGGUUCCGCUCACCAUUCCAGAUGUUUCGGACUUCGCUCCCCCGGCUUGCAGGCAGGGUACUGGACAGGGUGGACUAUUGGGUCUAUGUCAGUACAGCUGUAACUUCGGUGAGUCUGCUCGAUCCCGUACCUAG